AUGCAGUAUUCGGUCAUUUUCUUCUUCGUCGCUUCUUUCCUGUCUGCCUGUGUCUUCGCCUUGCCGACUGCUAGCUCAGCGGAAGGCGGAGCGGUGGACAGGAACUCACGGUAUCUCGCUCGGGGCGUCAGACGCCUGGAGACUCGUCAACAAGCUGGAGCCAGCCAAGGUGCGAACAACACCGCUGCCGGUCGCAAUGGUGUCUCGGACGCUCAGGUCAUGAACGCCGUCAUGUCCUGGAUGCAGGAUACCGGCAAGGUCACGAAGUUCCUGAACAGUGCCACCUCCUUCACUGGCGCCGAGUUCACCAAGCAAGCUACGAUUGCGCUCAAUGCGGAGAUUGACGAGCUCAACCACAAGAUGGUUCUCGACGCUGCGCUCACGGGCAUGGAUAUGGUCGCGCAAGCCAACAACGUUCUCGCUACCCAAGGCACCUUCCAGCAAGUCGUCGACACCCUGCAGUCCAUGGUUACCAACGGUCCCGACACCGCGCAGAAGGAUGUUAACUCCAUCAACAACAACCGCUGCGUCAAUGUCCUCCCCAACAUCGACAUGUACUUCGCUGCCGCUGGUAUGCCGCAGAUUCAGGCUGUUCGUCCUACCGGAUGCUUGGAGGUUGAGGGCGCGAACGUGACUCCCGCUGUUCCCCCCGGCGGUGGCAACAACGCCGGUAACAACGGCGGUGCUGCUCCUGCUGCUCCUCAAGUUACCAACGCCCCGGCCGCGCCACCCGCGAACAACAACCAGAACCAGGGCAACAACAACGGUAACUCGAACCAGAACCAGAACCAGAACCAGAACCAAAACCAAAACCAGGGUAACAACAACGGCAACGCCAACCAGAACCAGAACCAGGGCAACAAUGGCAACCAGCCCCAGAACCAGAGCAAUGGUAAUGGAAACGACAACACCGGCAACACCAACACUGGUAACACCAACACGAAUACCGGCAACCAGAACCAGAAUCAGGGCACCGAUGGUCAGGGCAAUAUUGGCAAGGGUAUUGGAAAUGGCAACAACGGUGGAAACCAGAACCAAAACCAAAACCAGGGCAACAACGGCAAUGCGAACACCAACACCAACACCAAUACCAACCAGAACCAGAAUCAGAACCAGGGUAAUAAUGGCAACCAAAAUCAGGGUACUGGCAACCGCAACCAGAACCAGAGCCAAAACCAGGGCAACAACAACGGUGGCCAGAAUCAGAACACUGGUAACCAGAAUUCUGGAGCUGGACGCAACAAUGGCAACAGCAAUGGUGUACAACCUGCUACUCUGGGCAGCAACGGCAACAACGGCAAUCGGGGUGGCAACGCCAACGCCGGACAGCGCCCUCAACAACAACAGCAGUCCCAAAGCCAGCCCCUUCAACCUGCCCAGUUGGGAUCGCCAAGGCCUGCGAACAACUAA